AGGGCUAGAGGUUUGUUCCCCGGAGCAUCUCUGUGUCAUCUCCUCUGCUCUUUAAGAGGAUGUCUUCUAAGAGACGAAUCUGGACCUGCACAACAUGACUAAACUGAACAUAUAACCGCACAGAAACAAUGGGUUGCUCCAUCCUCCUACUGGCCAGUGUGGUGUCCACUCUGGGCGGUCUGGUUUUUGGUUAUGAGCUGGGCAUCAUCUCAGGUGCCUUGCUGCAGCUCAAGAUCGAGUUCAGGCUCUCUUGUAUGCAGCAGGAGGCUCUGGUCAGCUCUUUGUUGAUUGGAGCCCUGCUGGCUUCUGUUGUAGGUGGCUACCUCAUCGACCGACACGGCCGCCGAAACUCCAUCCUCCUCAGUAACGUCCUGAUCAUGAUCGGCAGUCUGGUCCUGCUCGUCAGCUCCUACCCGGCACUGGUGGUUGGAAGGAUGACGGUGGGCUUCGCCAUGUGUAUAUCCUCCAUGUCUUGCUGUAUCUUUGUGUCUGAGAUGGUCACAUCCGACCGCAGAGGCUUCCUGGUAACAAUGUAUGAAGCUGGGAUCACUGUGGGCAUCCUGGCAGCCUACGCCAUGAACUACAUCCUGUCCGACUCCAAGAGAGGGUGGAGGCAGAUGUUUGGAUUUGCCAUAGUACCAACACUGAUUCAGCUUUUCUCUAUAUGGUUUCUUCCAUCCAGCAAUGAGGAAUCUUCAAACCACGACUGCUCUCAUGCCCAAAGAGACCUCAUGAGUGCCGUCGAAAACCAAGAAGCAAAUAACUCCAAAGUUAGCUCCAGCAAGGAAAGCAAGAAGGUGCAGUACAACAGCAUGUACCUUCUCCAGUGUGAAGACAACAUGAGGACGCGGACUAUCAUUGGAUUGGGACUGGUGCUCUUUCAGCAGUUCACAGGCCAGCCAAGUGUUCUCUUCUACGCCUCCACCAUCUUUCACUCUGUGGGGUUUCAGAGCAAUGCCUCUGCAGUGCUGGCCUCUCUUGGCUUAGGGUUGGUCAAAGUGAUCGCUACUCUGACCUCCAUGGUGUUUUCAGACAGAGUGGGCAGGAGGCCUUUGCUAAUCAGCGGAUGUUCUGUCAUGGCAUUGUGUCUGAUAACCAUUGGACUCCUCAGUGGACAUUCAUUGACCAAUGAUAAGAAGCCUUGUAACUCUGAAGACUUUGUCACUAACACAACGGCUCUACCUCUUUUAAAUGUUGCUAAUCUGUCUGUUUUUGACGCAUCUCUUAAUAAGAACCACAGAUUCCUCAAUAACAGCACACAAGAGGAAGGUGGAGUUCUUGAUAUAGUGAGACAGAAACCACUGGAACCUGCUCUGGGAUCAUCUCCAAAUGACCAUGCAACAGUUGUAAACUGGAUCAUUCUCAUGUGUAUGAUGGCUGUUGUGAGCGCAUACGCCGUUGGAUUUGGACCAAUGACCUGGCUUCUCCUCAGUGAGAUAUUUCCAGCUGCUGUAAGGGGAAGAGCAUUCGCCUUCACCAGCUGUUUCAACUGGGCUGCCAAUCUGUUAGUCACAUUCACUUUCUUGAAUGUUAUCGAUGCAGUCGGUCUGUCUGGGACAUUUCUUUUGUACGGGACGGCCUCUGUGGCAGCCGCAGUUUUCUUCUACUUCAUGCUGCCAGAGACCAAAGGCAAAACUCUGGAGGAGAUAGACAAGGAGCUACGUUUAAACAAGUUUUACCACAAUGGGGAGUGUUGUGGAGUCAUCAGCCGGAGAAACUCUUCCCCACAGUACCAGAGAGUGCGCUGUCAAGUUAGCACCUCAGGGUGAAACAGUAAAAAUAAAAAUAGUCUGACUGAAGGUAGAUUUUACUGCAACGCACUUGAUAAUUAAAUAUGUGGUAUCUGUAUGAAAUAUGUUA